AUGACUAAUCUAUUAGCAUCGUUAAAUACUCGAGGAGAAAAAAUACUAUUAGUUGGUUACUCCAAUGUGACCAACCUACGAAUCAACUCAAUAAUAGAGUCAAAUGCAUACCCCAUACUUUUGAUUCCAGAAGAAUUUGAUCUACCUUCGAGCGUUAAGCAACAAGCAUCUAAUGGCAAGCUCCAGGUUAUUAAUGACUCAGACUAUGCAUCUAAUAUUGAAUACUAUUUAAGAAAUAUUGGUCGCAAUGAGGUGGACAACAUUAUUGAUCGAGUAUUUGUUACUCUUCCACAGCAUCAGAGGGAUUUGAAGGAAGGAAUUUUCAGAAAGUGUCAACGAUUGAGGAUACCUAUAAACAUAACUGACUCACCAGAAUUUUGCACAUUCACACUAUUAUCAUCCUACAAUCAAGGUGACUUUCAACUUGGAGUAACAACAAAUGGAAAGGGGUGCAAAUUAGCAUCAAGGUUAAAGAGGGAAAUUGUGCAUAAGUUGCCAGGAGACAUAGAUGCUAUCUGUGACAAAGUUGGUGAACUACGUCGACAAAUUCAACUCGAGGAUGAAGUGAGUUUCGAGAUUGGAGACGACGAUGAUGACUCUGUAAACACACACAAAUUCAACUCACUAGUACACGAAUUCAAUCAAACACAGGAGGAAGUCAAAGGGAGAAGAAACCGAUGGCUUUCACAGAUUGUCGAAUACUAUCCAUUAUCGAAAUUAGCUACAUUAUCCAUUGAAGAUUUACGAUUUGCUUAUGACAAACACAAGCGCAAUGAUAACAAACAAAGGAUUGAUGUGGACCUGAUCCCAAAGAGUGGUAAAAUUGCCCUAGUUGGAAGUGGACCAGGCUCCGUUGCAUUAUUAACUUUGGGCGCAUUGCAAACUAUCCACCAAGCUGAUUUGAUUUUAGCUGAUAAAUUAGUCCCACAAGAAGUCCUUGAUUUAAUUCCGAAAAACCAUGGCCCAGAAUUGUUUAUUGCUCGUAAGUUUCCUGGAAAUGCGGAGCGUGCACAAGAGGAACUUUUGACAAUGGGGUUAGAGGCUCUUGAAAAGGGAAAGUUUGUGUUGCGGUUGAAACAGGGAGAUCCGUAUAUUUUUGGACGUGGUGGGGAGGAGUACAACUAUUUUGCUCAACACGGGUACGAACCUAUUGUGAUCCCGGGAAUAUCAUCAGCAUUGGCAGCACCAGUAGUUGCAGGUAUACCAAUGACUCAUCGAGAUGUUGCUGAUCAAGUGUUAAUUUGUACUGGUACUGGUAGAAAGGGAGCCGUGCCAAAUCUACCUUCGUUUGACCCUAGUCGAACUACAAUUUUCCUUAUGGCGUUACACAGGAUCGUUGACCUAGUCCCAGUAUUGGUCAAGGAAAAGGGAUGGUCACCUAAUUUACCUGUGGCAAUUGUUGAACGUGCAACUUGUCCUGAUCAACGAGUGAUUCGCACAACGUUGGAGAAGCUUGGAGACGUGGUAGAGCUGUGUGGGUCGAGACCACCUGGCUUAUUAGUGACAGGGUAUGCAUGUGAAGUGAUUCACAAGAACCCAACUUUAAAAAAUUGGUUGGUAUCAGAAGGCUUCCAAUAUAAUUUUGACAAUUCAAAAAUUUCUGUAGUAUAG